AUGCCCAAAUUGACCAAAAGCGAGAAAAAAGACUUAAUUUUGACUCAUCUCCGCGCCACUGGAACCUGUCACACGCUCAAAGACCUCGAGAAGACCCUACCCUCGAUUGCAUCCAUCAAUGGCAUCCAGGUCAAGGAAUACAUUCAAGCUUUGACUGAUGAGGGUCAACUACGAGUGGAGAAGAUCGGCAAUGGAAAUUGGUACUGGAGUUUCAGUAGCGAUGAAAAACACGCACAAGAGCAGCAGUUGGGCCGGAUGACCAUGGAGGUGGAGAAAGUCCGGAAGUCUUACGCCGAAAUAGAAGUGGGUUUGGUCGCUGAGACCAUAUGCCGAGCGGAAGAGGCGGAUGAGGAACACGAAAGAGAAUUCCUCAUGACCAAAAAGGCUGAACUCCAAGUGGGAAUCGAUCGGGUACGGACUACAGAGGCCCAACUCUCCGGACCCCUCAAUUCGCUCAAUAGCAAGGAUGUCAAGCAGGUCCGAGAGAAGUUAGCGGGGUUCCGACAGCAAGCACUGCAGUGGACUGAUAAUAUCUACAUCCUAGAGGAGUAUUUGCGCAAAUUAGCAAGUGGAGAUCGACACCUCGUUGAGGGUGUCUUGCGUGACUGUUAUGGAGACGAAUACGUGGACGGAGAGGGUCUUUGUGAACUACAGCAAACUACGGAGUAG